AUGAGGCGCCAACCGGGAGCAUGGCGGCCAAUGAGAGAGUCGGAACCGGGAACGAUGGGGGAGAACGGUUUGAAGGUGAGCUGGGCAUCGAGGCAAAGUCAUCCGGGAGCCAUCAAGGGGAGAUGGACUGAGGGCAACCCCCGGGAAGCAGCCAAGGCGCAGAGCAGCGGAGCACUAGAGCGCCGAGGCGCGUCAUGCCGUGCCACGAGGCACGUUACGUGGCAUGACAGAUCAGCUGCCAGCUCGGAUGACACAUCGGACAGACACACGCCAGGCACACGAGCGGCACACACAGGAGCGUGCCAGGAGCACACCGCACCUCAGGCCGCGGCGCGCCCAGGCAUUGAGCUUGGGAGUGCUAAGGCUAGACUAGAAGCCUUGCCCUCUCUUGUGAUAAGUGUGAGAGUGGUUGGCUUGCUAGUGUGCCGCACGAGGGCAGUUGUUGCUGGAACAGUUGUACUACUUUCUGCUCUCAUUAUGAUAUCAGUGCACACCAUCGUUGUGUCCCCAGCAUUUGCUACAUUUCCAAAUGCUGCUAAGGUGGGAGCUGCAGCUGCAGCUACAGGAGCAAGAGCAGUCCAUACCGAAUUGCUAAGCAGUGCCUGGACUGGUUUUCUUGCUGGUUGCUUGCACACAUUAUCCGGGCCCGACCACCUUGCUGCUUUGGCCCCACUCUCAAUUGGCCGAACCCGAAUGGAGAGUGCUGUAGUUGGAGCCCUAUGGGGUUGUGGCCAUGAUGCUGGACAAGUCAUUUUUGGCUUGCUCUUUCUUCUACUAAAAGAUCGCCUCCAUAUUGAAGUAAUUAGGACUUGGGGCACCCGAGUUGUGGGUCUUACCCUACUUGUUAUUGGUGCUAUGGGAAUAAGGGAGGCUUCAGAGGUACCUACUGCAUGCGUGGCCCUGGAAAAUGGAAAGUGUGAUGUCAGCAUGCAUGAAACUCUUGAAAGUCCAAAAGUGGGAAAGAAGAAGGAAGUUGGUUUUGCAACUUUUGCAACAGGGAUCAUACAUGGGCUUCAGCCGGAUGCCCUUAUGAUGGUCUUACCUGCACUGGCUUUACCUUCUCGCUUGGCUGGUGCUGCAUUUCUAGGCAUGUUCUUGUUAGGAACAGUAGCCGCAAUGGGAAGUUAUACUGUGUUUAUAGGCUCGUGUAGUCAGGCCUUGAAAGAUAGGGUUCCUAGAAUAACCGAGAAGCUCACAUGGGCAUCGUCACUCAUAGCAAUCGGUCUUGGACUUGCUAUCAUCAUUAGUCAGUUUUUUGGUUUUAGCCUUUAUUGA